UCCUUCCCAGCCGCACCGGCUCCAAGAUGCUCCGCAAAGGGGGUUCUGUGGAGCUGCUCCUGAUGCUGUUGGGACUUGAGAUUCACUUCACUGCAUGCUGCCCCAUUGACUGUGUAUGUUACCCAUCACCUAUGACUGUCAGCUGCCAAGCCCACAACUUUGCAUCAAUUCCAGAGGGGAUACCAGAAAACAGCGAGAGGAUUUUCCUCCAGAACAACCAGAUCACAUUGCUUCUGCGAGGUCACUUUAGUCCAUCCAUGGUCACCUUGUGGAUCUAUUCCAACAACAUCACCUUCAUAGACCCAGACACCUUUGAUGGGUUUGUUAAUCUAGAAGAGCUGGAUUUGGGGGAUAAUCGCUAUUUAAGGGCUUUAGCAGCUGAGACCUUCCAAGGGCUGGUGAAGCUCCAUGCCUUGUACCUGUACAAAUGUGGGUUGAGCUCUUUACCCAGUGGGAUAUUUGGUGGCCUCCACAAUCUACAAUAUCUUUAUCUUCAAGAUAACCACAUAGAGUUCCUUCAGGAUGAUAUUUUUGUUGACCUGGUCAACCUCAGCCAUCUUUUUCUCCAUGGAAACAAGCUGUGGAGCCUUCAUCAGAACACAUUUAGGGGACUAAUAAACUUGGAUAGGUUACUCAUCCAUCAAAAUCAACUCCAGUGGGUCCACAGACGUGCUUUUCACGAUCUCCGAAGAUUGACCACCCUUUUCCUGUUCAAUAACAGCCUCUCUGAGCUCCAGGGGGAAUGCCUCGCCCACUUGGGAGCCCUGGAGUUUCUCAGGCUGAAUGGCAACCCUUGGAGCUGUGACUGCAAAUCCAGGUCACUCUGGGAUUGGUUGCGCAGAUUCAGAGGUUCAAGUUCCAGCGUGAUCUGUGAGUCUCCUGAGCAGAUGCAUGGCAAGGACUUAAAGGUGCUAAAAGCAGAGGAUUACAGGAACUGUUCUGGGUCUGAGUCCCUCCAUCAGAUCAAAACACACACUUUCUCCACAGCAGACAGAGGAGCCUCCAAAGACCACCACCCACACCACUCCUCCAAGGAGAAGGGUAAAGAGAGAGGGGUCGAGCACAGUUUACACAGCAGUCAACCAGCAGCACCUCCCGGUUCACGUCCAGGUUACAGAAAGCCCAGCAAGAACUGCACCAGCCACAAAAGCCGCAACCGAACCUCUAAGCCAGUGUCUCUGGGGCCACGGAAAAGCAUUCAUGAGGCUCAGGACUAUGUGCCUGACUACCAGCACAAAUUCAGCUUUGGCAUGAUGCCUACAGCACCACCCAAGCGGAAGGGUAAGUGCACCCGGCGGACACCCAUCAGACCCCCCAGUGGAGUACAGCAGGCAGCUGGGAGCUCGGUGAUCAGGGCCUCUCGUCUAGUUUUUAUAAUGGUUUUAGUGGUCAUAAUACGCUGA